UUAAAUUCCAAGACAUCCGGAAACGCGGUGAUUAAAACCGGGACAUCUGGAGCAUCUUAUAACCUUAGUCAUUAUGUAAUUUUGCAAGUUAAAAAAAAUGACAUAGAUUCAUUGACACCAAGCAAAAUGUACAAGUAAACAAACCUGCAAUGCAAGGGAGUAGGUGGAACAGAGCGUGUGUUACACAACAGCGGUAUCAAAUUUCCUUCGUAGUGGUGGAAAAUAAAAGCGGCCACUUCACAGGCACUUUUGCUCGAGUUUUAUGUGAUCGAGGCUUAGCGAACACUUGCUGAAGAUGUCAAUGAAGAAACUGAUUACAGUGUUCGGGGCCACUGGCGCCCAAGGCAAAUCUGUGGUGCAGGCCCUGCUGAGUGAUGGCUCUUUUAAAGUUCGUGCUGUGACUCGAGAUCCCACAAAGGCAGUGGCACAGAAGAUGGUGAGCCAAGGAGUUGAAGUUGUUAAGGGUGACUUUGAUAAAGAAGGAGACAUUAAGGCUGCAAUGCAGGGAGCAUAUGGUUGCUUUUUUGUCACUAAUUUUAUUGAACAUCAGCAGAAGGCCUUAGAAGUAAAACAGGGUCAGACAGCUGCCAAUGUGGCCAAGGCGUUGGGCAUCAAGCAUUUUAUUUAUAGUAGUCUACAAAAUGUGAACAGAGAGACUGGUGGAAAGCUGCAAGUGCCACACUUUGAUGGAAAAGGGGAGGUAGAAGAGUAUUUGAGAGAUAUUGGUGUUCCAUCAACCUGUUUGCGUUUGCCUGCUUAUUUUGAGAACUUCUUAUCAUUUUUUAAACCUCACAAUGUCCCAAAUAAAAAUGUAUACACUGUGGCAAUCCCCAUGGGUGAUGUCCCACUUGAUGGAAUGGCAGUAGAAGAUUUUGGACCUGUUGUAGUUAGUGUGCUUAAACAUCCAAAUGAGUAUAUUGGGAAGGAUAUUACCCUGAGCACUGAUCUCUUGACUGUUGAUGAAUACUGUGCUAUCCUGAGUGAGUGCCUUGGAAAGAACAUCCAGAAUGCUAAGAUGUCUGUAGAGGAUUAUGAAAAACUGGGCUUUCCGAUGGCAGAGGAGCUGGCUAAUAUGUUCCGCUACUACAUGAUGAGACCAAAACGAGAUAUUCCUCUAACUAUGAAGCUCAAUCCAAAAGCUAAGAACUUUAAACAGUGGGUGACUGACAAUAAAGACAAAUUUGGUGACCUUUAGAGUUGCAGGAUAUCUGGGAAUAUGUCAUAAUCAGGUGUUGUACCUCAUAAUAGGGUUACUGUUUAAUGCAUUCAUGUAAUUCUUCUACAAAGUUCUUGCAUGUCAUCCUUAAUGUCAUUAAAAUUUCUGAGAUGCUACUGUA